AUGUCAAUAGACCUCAACUGGGAGACGCUCACGACGGGCCCCGACGGAGAAGCUCUCGCCCUCCGCAUCCGCGACUUCAUUCACACCAAAUUCCAGGCUGUGCCGUUGCCGCGCUUCAUCAAGUCCGUCAAAGUACACGACUUUGAGUUCGGCACCAUCGCCCCCGAACUAGAACUUAAGGACAUCACCGACCCGCUACCAGAAUUCUACGAGGAAAACUCCGACAUUGAGGAUGACGAGGAAGAGGAGCAGGCCAUCCUCGAGGAGCAGGCACAGCAGCAGCAGCAUGGGCCCAGGAGUCAGCUGAGCGCCGGCGAGAGGAGGAGGCAGAGGGAGGAGGCGUCGAUGCCGCCGAGGCUGAGCACGCACGCGCUCCGUGGCCAGUCUGGGGACUUCCCCAGCCCGUUUCUGGGUGUAUCGACGCCGGGGAUUCUCGGCGGGACGUCGAACCUGCAUUAUUUCCAGUCGCACCUGGGCACCGGCUGGUCGGGCACGCAGACGCCCCUCGCCGCGGUGGCGGGCGCGCACAUGGGCAACAGGCUGGACACCUCGGCCGUGCUUUCGCCUGUCGGCUCGCCGCCACCGAACGGAUUUUCCUCGCCGAGCCACAGCCGGAACCCCUCGCAGAGUUCCAUCUCCGUGAGCGACUUCAACCCGGCGCUGGCGCAGCUGAGAGAAAAGUCGAGUGUGUCGACGCUGGCGCCCACGUCGGCGGGUGCGUCGAGGCCGCCGACGCGGGACACACACCUCGCGGGGUCGGCGAUCCAGGAGGAGGACGAGGAGGUGCUGCCGGAAGACGAAGACGACAGCAACAACAACGCGCCGCGGUUCCGGGAGCCGAGGCCCGAGGACCUGCAGGCCGUGUUCCGCAUACGGUACGCCGGCGACGUGAGGCUGCGCCUGACGGCGGAGAUUUUGCUCGACUACCCGAUGCCGAGCUUCGUAGGGAUCCCCGUGCAGCUCAGCGUCACGGGCCUCACGUUUGACGGCGUCGGCGUGAUGGCGCAUAUCCGGAAGAGGGUGCAAUUUUGCUUCCUGAGCCCCGAGGACGCGGUCACGGCCGUGGGCGCGGACGACGCGGGCCCCAGCGAGCCGGGCAAGAGGUUCGGCGGCUUGCUGCAGGAGAUCCAGGUCGAGAGCGAGAUUGGCCUCCGGGACGGGGGCAAGCAAAGCUUGAAGAAUGUGGGCAAGGUCGAGAGGUUCGUGCUGGAGCAGGUGAGGCGGAUAUUCGAGAAUGAGUUUGUGUAUCCCAGCUUCUGGACAUUCUUGGUUUAG